AUGUGCUUUUUCAGAAGUUCCAUCUUGCCAGUUCCGAUGUGUUUGUUUGGCCAAAGGUUCGAAUCUGGCUCAGUCUGCGCAGGAUUUACGUGAAUCGGUUUGGUUUGGAUUUCUUCGCGCAGUCCAAACACCUGUCUUCUAACGUCCGUCUGUCGGCCCUGGGAUGGAUCGAAGUCCCGCCCAUAUUGCGCUCCACAAUUGGUGCGUGUUGCUUUAAGAGACUGGUGACGCGGCAAACGUCACGACCCGGAAGCGCCUUGCGACCGGUUUCGUCAGACGGCGCCAUGGCUUCACGUGUGCGAUGCUGAGCGCGCGCACUUUGCGCUUCUCGCGGUCCGUGAGCGAAUCGGGCCGCUGCCGCCGCCGCCUCGGAAUCAUCAGCAUGAUCAUGUGCGAAGAGCUGAGGACUCGGGUGCUGCGCUUGGAGCCGCGCGCAGCGAACGCGAACGGGCUGUCGGCGCUGCGGUGGCGCGACCAGCCAGGUGAACGACGACACACAGACAGAGAGAAGCGGCGGCCGCUCCUCCGCUCGCUCGACAGCAGCAAGGUGUUGGAAAUCACAGCGAAGGCCUUGAAGGAGGGCGAAGUGGUGGCAGUGCCGACGGACACGCUUUAUGGCUUGGCCUGCUUGGCGCAGAACUCGGAAGCCAUUAAGAAGGUGUAUGACAUGAAAGGGCGUAAUGGGAAGAAGCCGCUGGCCAUCUGUGUGGGAGAGAUUGAAGAUAUUUACAGGUACUGCAAGGUGACUGUUCCGGAAAGCCUGCUGAGGGACCUUCUUCCCGGCCCUGUGACGCUGGUCCUGGAGCGCUCCGAGACGCUCAAUGAAGACCUGAACCCCUUCACUCCGCUGGUCGGCGUGCGCAUCCCGGACAGCGGCUUCAUCCGCCAGCUCUCCCAGAUGUGUGGCGAACCUCUGGCCCUGACCAGCGCCAAUGUCAGUUCGCACCGCAGCACCGUCGCCGUGCACGAGUUCCGGGACUUGUGGCCCAGGCUGGGUUUGGUGGUCGACGGGGGGCAAAUCGGGGAUCGGAGCCCACAGUCGAGGCUGGGCUCAACCGUGAUCGACCUGUCGGUGCCAGGAAAAUACCGCAUCAUACGACCAGGCUGCGCGCUCUCCUCCACCACCGACGUUCUCAAGCUCCAGUACAACCUGUUGCAGGACGCCGCAGGUCACUGAAUGCGACGGACGGAUGCGUGUCCGACCAGCUCUCGCUUUCGCCAUGUGCGGCACGCUGUCCUUGAGUGUCAUCCGCGCUCUCUUCGGGAAUGUUCAAAACGUGGAAGACGCUGUAAACCCAGAAAGGGAGCGAGCGCUUUUGUCACGGUUCAACGGGCCAACGGGUAUCUGUCCAAAGGUAUUGUACGGAUUCCUUCUGCAUUUAUAGGGCGUCAGUCUGAGCCUCUCCUUACUGUCUCGCUCACCUGGUGUGUUUGGGGGGUGGUCACUUUGGUGAAGGUGAAGCGACCCUUAUUUGUGAUGACAUGCUUGUCACAAUCAGCUAUCAACUUCUUUCAUCCCAAAAAUAAUGAAACGAUGUUUCUCGGUGGCCUGAAACGUAGAAAAACUCGAAAAAUGUUGCGUUAUAAUGAUUAUUUCUUUAAACUCGGUACCCCUAAAGUGCCAAGAUGCAUAUGAGGUAGAGUCCCAAAUAUUCUGGCAAAACUUACCCCUUGGAGUGCACCAGUGUUUGUUUUUUUUUUUUUGUGUACCCUUAAUCGUUAGAAUGCCAGAGUGUGGUGAAAACUAGAGCAUUUUGAUGUGAUGCCAAGCACAAGUCUGUCAUCUUGUUUACUGGGCCUCUGUAAAAGCGGUAAACUGUAAAAGAAUUCUGUGCUUUUGAAAAAAUUACCCUUACUGUUCUCAGAUGGGGUCAAAAUGACCAUGAUUUGUUUGGAUGUGCUACCUCUUCAUCCCCAGCAAAAACUGUUGAAAAUGUAGUGUAUUGUAGUCUACAAAUGCAGAGAAUUCUGUCUUUGUACAAGACUUUACCCUUAGAAUGCCAGCAUGGGCUCAGAAUGACCACUUUAUCACAUUCUACCUGGAAUACCCCUUUACCUCAUUGUUCACUGGCUCACAGUAAAAGCGUAAAUGGUUGUUUUUGCAGCAUUGAAAUGCAGAGAAUUCAGUGAUUUUAGGAAAACAAAGUACCUACACAUAGGGUCAAAAUGACCAUAAGGUGAAACUUAGUGUUGAUGUAUUCAUCCAAAUGUCAGUGCAACAUAGAACCCCACACAUUUGACUAGUUUUCUUUUAGGAGGGUAUACAAUAAUCCAUAGUGUUUAUGGGUCAUUGUUUGGUUUUUGUGUCCUAUUUUUUUUGUAAUGUCUUUCUUUUAAAACUCAACUUUCGAAUUGUACAAUAUAAAGCCUUUUUGUGAAAA